AUGAGCUUCAAUCUGGACGCACUCUUCCACGACCCUGAUGACUUGCGUUCCGGGACAUUGUCGCUUAGUCUGUCAGUAUCCAAAGCGUCUACUGUAGAGUCAGCCGGGGGCCUCUGGCACGAGAACCUAGUCGAUGAAGAACAGGAAGCGAAACACGGCGAAGAGGCCCGUCUGAGAACUACCAUCGCAACCUUAAGUCAGCAAUGCGAAUACUGGAAAGGGCAGGCUGAGGAACGAGGCAAGACCAUCGAAGAUCUGGAUCGAAAGACGUCGAAAGCUGCCGCGGCAUCUGACCUCCCGACCGACACCGUACGCCGUCUCAACCGCCUCGAAAGUGAGGUUACGCGUCUGCGAUCAGAGAACACGCAGCUGAAGGAUACUCUCAAGACCAUCGAGUACGAAAACGUCAAUCUGGGCAAUCAGAACGAUGGGAAGACGCGGAAGCUGAAGGGUGCCAAUAAGAAGGUCAAGAAUGCUAAGGACAUGGCGGGGAAGGAGGAAGAGAAAGCCAAAGACGCUCAAGGCGACAAGCAACGCCACCUCGCAUCUGAACGGAGGAUGAAGAAGGAACGCGGUGACGCUUUGGCUGCACUACAGCAACAGAGAAAGCUCAACGGUGACCUGCGCGCGGAGCUUGAGGUCGAGCAGUCCGGUGCACCUCACAUGCGCGAUGUUGCUACGGAUCCGAACAACACCACUGCCAUCAUUCCGAUUCAGUUCGAUAUCCGUCGCACCGAUGUACAACCUAUGACCAGAGUCCUUCAGUGGCACCAGAUGAAUCUCACCGAAAGGUUCAAAGAGUGGUACAAGGACUGGAAGAAGGCAUCGACCGGCGAGGUACGCAAAGUCGUCGGCUCGGAGGGUGUGGAUGAUGAGAGAAAGAAGCUUGAAAAGCUGUAUGGAGAUAUGGUUGAGAUGCCUGAAGGUUACAUGGAGACUGCUGCUGAGCACGAUGGGUGGCGAUCGAAGCGCGGAGUCCAAGCGGGUUCAAUAGCGACCAUGUCCAACAUCCUGCCCUUACACCACUCGUACUACCCCUCGCGCCAGUCGUCUCUCUCUCGCUCCGUAGACACUGCGCAAAAGCCAUCGACGUCCUCCUCUGCAGCCACGAUCCGUCCGCAACCCGGCACACAAUCGCAACCACAAGGGCAGCACAUCGCAAUGAGCGGCACCCCAAGUCAAGGGCCUGGGCUGCGGUACCCGUCGAAUAAAAAGAGCAUAUACGACAGGAAUUUGAACCGGAGUAAGAAUGCGGAGCUUAGUAGGGCGGCGUUUGCGUACCUCUUCAUUGAGAUGAUUGCAUAUGCGCAGAAGGGCGCGAAGGAUGUGGGGGACUUGGAGCAGAGACUGAAUACACAAGGCUACCCCAUUGGCCUCCGCUUACUCGACCUUCUCCUCUCCCGAACCGCCAACCCCCUCGCGAGCAUUCGGCCCACUCGUAUCCUGCCUCUCCUCCAGUUCAUUGCACAACAGCUAUACCGCUACCUAUUCGGUCGACCUGCCGAUGCAUUAGAAAAGUCUGGCACCGACCCAGGACAGUACAUGCUCUUCGACAACGACCCCAUGGUGAACCAAUACAUAAGUCUGCCCAAAGAACUGUCGAGUUUGAACUGCGCGGCCUUUGUUGCGGGCAUAAUUGAGGGUGUUUGUGAUGGUGCGGGGUUUCCGACCGAGGGCGUGACAGCGCAUAGUGUAGGCGAUGAAGAGGGCAAGGGUCUGUGGCCAGGGAAGACGGUCUUUUUGAUCAAGUUCAAGCCCGAGGUGUUGGAGAGGGAGGAGAUACUGGGCAGGGACCAUUCGUGGUAUGGCGCAUCUAUUGGAAAGAACAUUCCACAAGGUCGCGCCAUCGCAGUCAAACAAAUACAAAAGUGCAGCCCGGAUCUUAACACAGCUUCAAUACGCUACAGUCGCCUUUCAACAGCCCUUCAGCAAGACACAAUACUCAAAUCACUCGACACACAACCUCAGCACGCCGCCUUGACAAACACCCCAACAUCAACCAUGCCAACAGAGAUCUCAGCACCAUUGCACUUCCGCACUCUCCUAAACGGUCACACCUAUCUCAUCGCUGACUUCUACGCGACGUGGUGUCCACCUUGCAAGCAAAUCGCGCCCAUCUACAAUCAACUCUCCACUACGCACGCCUCACCAGGGAAAUUCGCAUUCGUCAAAGUCAACGUAGAUGAGCAAAGGGAGAUCGCGGGGCAAUAUGGUGUCACAGCUAUGCCUACGUUCAUGGUCUUCAAGGAUGGAAAGAAGAUUGAGGAGAUCAGGGGCGCGGAUGUGAGGGCGCUGAAGGCUGCUGUGGAGAAGGUUGCUGGUGAGCUCGGGAAGGUUAAGGAGGAGAAGGUAGAGGCGAAGAAGCCUGAGGCCAAGCCAGAGGUCAAGGAGGACAGCAAGAAGGAGGAGGAUGAGAAGACGGUUAGUGGUAGCUAUGGGAUGACUGGAGGGAACAACUGGAAGAUGUCGUUGCAUUAG